AUGGGAAUGGCCCAACAAUAUAACCCAAGCGACGCGUUUUUCUUCGGAGAAGCCUACACGACGUUCAAUAAUAGAAUGCAUGUUACGGUCGCCGCCCGGAUAAUUCUUGCCGUUGAGCUAAUAAUGCUAUUUAUUACCGUAGUCAUUGUCCCGUUGACUAUAGGAUUUUUCGACACGAUCUCCUUAUUUCAAAUUCUAGUAUGCGGAUCCAUUUGGGUCAUGGCGUGCUUAGCAUUGCGACGACAUAGACACGCUUUGCUCUGGCCUAUGAUAAUUAUGAAGGUCUGUGAAAUUAUCCUUGGCGUAUUCCUAAUAGUGAUCGCUGCACUAUUAGCUGUGGUCCGUCGACGUGUUCUUCUUCGGUUGAUGCAAUGGAGGAUAACCACAAUUGAUCACUCCAACCAAGGCAUUCACAUCAUUGCUUUAUUGCUUUUCAUGUUCCUUCAAAUUGUGUACAACACAAUAGCCGUCCAAACACUAUGGGACGUGUUUGAGUAUCUUCGACAACGAACGUAUUUCAUAUACAAUCAGGAGCGCACCGCGGUGCACCAGUAUUUUUUGUGA